AUGGUUGAUUAUUCUCAAUUUGGGGAUUCGGAAGAUGACGAUGAUGACUUCGCAUGUAUAGCUGCACCUUCAAGCAAAAAAUCCAGAACACAGCUCAAGGAUGCAAAGAAGGAGAAAAAAGAGAAGCAAAAAAAGCCACACAAAGAAUUGACUCCGUCACAAAAGCAGACACCCAGUAAAAGGAUAUCCUUGGAUGACAAACUUUAUCAAAGAGAUUUGGAAUAUGCCUUGGCCUUAUCCGUCAAAGAAAAAUCUGCAAAUAUCCUUGAGGUGCAAAAUUCAGAAAAACAAGCUACAAGUAUUGAAUCAGAAAAUGUACAAAGGAGACCUCUCUUUUCCAACUGCAGUGUAGACAGUGACCUUUUAGGUCUCAAUCAAGUUAUGGACGAUGAUGUACCUAGGGGUGAUGGUAGGCAAAGGACAGCAGCAUCUAAAGUUCCAGCACAUCAGCAGUUGCUGACCAUUGACAGUGAUGAUGGAAAGCAUCCUACUGACUCUGAGCCAGAGUCUGUACCCAGUGAGGAGUCAAAAGAAGAUUCAGAUUAUAGUGAAGAUGAUGAUGAAGACUUUGCUAUGGAAAAGAAGAAAGCCAAAGGAAAUAAAAAGAAAACCACACAAAAGAUGCCAGCUGAAAGAGAGAAGAAAGCUCCCAAAUCCAAGAUUAAUACUACAGUAUCACCUGGACUUUCUCCGUCACGGAUAAUGGAACAAAAAUCUGAGCCAACAGGAAAGAAGAUCUCCAGUACUUCAGAACCAGUUGGAAGGCCUCUGCAUACAUCAAGUCCUGUAACAGACAAGAAGCCUAAAUGGAUACCACCAGCUGCAUCGGGAAGCAGUAAUAACUCUGUGAAGUAUGUUUCAGUUAAGUCACCUACUCAGUGUCUUAGACUCGGCCUCUCCAGACUAGCAAGAGUCAAACCACUGCAUCCCAGUGCUACCAGCAGUUAA